AUGAAGCCUCUGCAAACUAACCCGACCAAAUGGGAAAAGCUCGCCCGCGAUUGUCCGACCUGGAGGAGAACAGUGCAGACGGGCGCUGCUAACUACGAAGCCAACCGCAUCGCCGCCGCCAAAGUGAAACGCGAAGCACGCAAAUCACAGCUGCGCCCAGUACGCAACGCCGACGCACAUCCGCUACCAACGUGUCCUCGAUGUCAACGGACAUUCCGGGCUCGAAUCCGAAUUGUUGGACAUCUUUGGAUCAACUGUACGUCUCGGACCGCACCAACCGCCGUCCCUCCACCUGACGCAUCCUCGUCCUCUCUGCCGCCAACUACCUCGGACUACUCUACUGUCCCGCAAUCUCUAACCUCCUCCUCCUCCUACUCCUCCUCCUCCACUGCCCCACCGACGGCCGCUCAGGCGGCCGUCACGCACAUCACCAACCCUGACACAACAACCGACAUCACCCUCACUGCCUCCGAAUCCAGCGAUGAGAUUCAGGACUACACCUGCCCUCACUGCGACCGCACAUUCACCUCACACGUCGACCUGAUCGAUCACUUGCGGAUUCAUCGCACAGAGACUGGCGUACCAGUGCAUGGAGCACCAACAUAUACCCACCAAGCUCGACUCAACUGCCCACACUGUCCUCGCACUUUCAGGCAUCACAUGGGCAUAUUCGGCCACAUGCGCAUCCACCAGAGCGGAAUUGACAGCAAUUCCGACACACCGACCACAUCCAACACGUCCACCAUGCCCAGGACAACCCUCACUCCGUCGCCAACAUCACCACCACCGCCUCCUCUGUGA